UUAAUCAUGUUACAUUUUUGAUAAGUUACUUGCGAUAUCUAAUAACAAAUAUCUUACAUUUUAAAGCUCUGCUAAAAACCUGCGUUCUUGAAUAAAGUAAAUGGAUAGUAAAGUGUCAAUGUUAAGACGUGUAAAGAGUUGUGGAAGCUAUUGGAUAUGUCUUUUCUUUUUCUUCUUCCUGAAAGAAAAGGUUGCUGCGAGUGAACAGAUUUUACAAGAGUCAGGGGCAUAUGAGGAAAUAAGUCACUAUGGAACGGAGUUUAUACUUGGAAUGACAGACUAUGAACGCGUUUUGCAUAUAGCUUCGGAACAACAGGGAACUUUUAACAUAUCUGUGCCAGGUUCAGGUAUAACUAAGAUAGGUUACAUAGCCAUAGGAAAUACAACCGUUAACGUUGAUACUAAUAUUUACCCUGGUGUACGACAAAAGAAUGGAUUACAUAUCGUUACAAGUGUACCAGUUAGUAUUUAUGUUUCGGAUAAAGGAUAUGUCAGUAGAUACGGAGCCUUCCUUGCAUUACCGGUCACUUUUAUGGGAAAAUUAUAUGUAGUACCUGCAUAUAAGCAACGUUUCUUUGGCGUAGUUAUUGCUGCAGUUUAUGAGAAUACGAGUGUGGCUGUAGCUCACUUUUUGAAUAAGUCAGAGACAGUUAUAUUACCUAAAAUAUUAGACACGUUUACAACUAUCGGUUAUGAAGAGGAGAGAUCGAGUACAGUUAUAUUGGCAAACGAACCCGUGUCUGUUAUUACCGGAACUUCGAGGGACGAAGGUGAAUCCCACUCAAGCAUACUAGUAAAACAAGUGUUGCCAUAUGAUGCAUGGACAAAUGAAUAUAUUAUACCCCCACUACCACCAAACACAAGAUACAUGAUACGAAUUUUGUCAAUGGAAAACCAAACUGUCUGCUUCAAAACCAUAAAUAAUAAUGCCUGUUAUGACCUUAACACGGUCUCAAACAUAAAGUACGUACAUUCAACAGAAACUUUGGUAGUAAUUUCGAAUGCUCCAAUCAGUAUUAUACAGCAUGGAACGAAUAUGUGCAACAAGACCGAAUAUGGCCCCGAAACGUUUCCAUUUAUGAUUUUAAUUCCUGGGAUUAAAAACUUUUUAAAUAAAUAUAGUUUUGUAAUUCCAGAUCUCAAUUCUAGCUCGGAACAUUUUGUAGUCGCAAUAGUUCCUUCAUCUAAAACCUCUGAAUUGUUGAUUGAUGGAUCCUUGGUUACAUUUGAUUACUCGUUUAAUGUUAGUGCUAGUUUAGAGGACUACACUGUACUUAUAAAAAGUAUUUCUAUCGGCUACCAUGUCAUGCAUCAUGCCGAUCCUCAGGUCCGUUUUGGCGCUAUAGCAUACGGAACAGACGGGGGUCAGUGUACUAGUCCCACCUCUCGUAGUUAUGGCUUUGCGCUAGGUUAUACCUUUAGAAGAACAAAAUAUAACAUUGGCUUUAACAACUGGAGUGAAUGGUCAAAAUGUUCUGCUACAUGCGAUGUGGGAAACCAAUUUCGAGAGAGAUCAUGCAAAAACAAGAUGAACAAUGAAGAGCAUGGAUGUAGCGGACAUAAGGGGGAGACCAGACAAUGCUUAUUACAAAUUUGUACAGACAACAGUGCGUUUGAUUCAUGGACAUCAUGGUCGGUAUGCUCAAGGAGCUGUGGCGGAGGUGUACAGUCUCGAGAAAUUGUGUGUUUGAAGUCUGUAAAUACAAACAAGACUUGUCGCCUCGAAGGAACAUUUACAGAAUCUCGACUCUGUAACACUAGUUUAUGUCCUGUUGACGGCGAUUUCAGUGUUUGGAGCGCAUGGUCAGAUUGUUCAGUGACAUGUGAUACAGGAUUGCAAGACAGAGCACGAUCAUGUGACAAUCCGCGUCCUUCUAAUGGCGGGAAAUUGUGUAUUGGAGCAAGAGAAGAAGCUAAGAGUUGUUUCAGAGGGAUGUGCAAAGGCGACGAUAUAAGUUCAGAUAGAUCUAAAGGCAACUUAAUAAUCAUACUCAGCGUCGUUGCCGGAGUGGUAGCCGUGGCAGUUUCGGCGUUUGUAAUUUAUUGGAUACUAAGUAGAAAAUGCAAUGAUUGCGCACUUUUUAGACGUCUUAAAGAGGACACAGAUAGUAUGUUAAGUGUGAGGGGUGAUACUUCCGACGUAUGAAACAAUUUUAACACAAUGGACAAGUUUACUUUAUUAUGAUAUAACUGCAUUGAUCGUAGUUUUGAGAAUAACAAAUCAGUAUCAAAACCCAGCUGCCUAUGCUAGAGGGCGUUCGUGGCAACCUGUGAAAUUUUAACUUUUUCUAUUCACUUAUUUGAUUUGAUUUAUUAUGUUAGAACGAGAAAAUGCAUGAUAGACAGUGUUCAUAUAUUUUUCAAUGAAUGCAAAUGCAUAGACAUUUAGUUAGUUCGUUUGUUUUUGUUGGAUUUUAGUCACGCUCACACAUGGUUAAAUGUAGAUUUUCCAGCAUUUGAUAAUAGAGGAAGACGCCAGCUGCCCCUUUGUGUAUUUUUGUAGACAUUGUCAGUAGCUUCUUCACAUAAAAAAAAAUCAUAUUCCAAUUAAGAUUUCGAAUCCUCAGCGAUGAAUUGCAAGUGAUAUUAAAUGAAAGACACUAACCACUUGGCCAUGGAAGCUCUAAUGUAAAGAUAAGUUAUAGGAUUAGGAUUAUUACAUAAAAAGUUAUUUUUCAUUAGACAUUGUCAAGACAUAUGUUCGUUUUAUGAAACAUUGUGAAAAGACAUUCUGCUCAAGAUAUCUCAAAGUUAAACGAGGAAGAAAUUGAUAUCAGAAGGACACUCCUUGUUGUAACAUUUUCUGAUCCUAAAGGAUCAAAGUGUCCGUUCAAUUUUACUGAAAUAUAAUUCCGCUUAAGCCAGUGCUAGGGGCGUGAGGGUUAUUGCGCAUUUUAUUGUCUCUCACGAUAUGACUUAUCAAACAGUCUGCUUUUAUUUUAUUUGAUCGUUCUUUGCUGCAGGUGCUUUAAAAUACUAGUAAUAAGAAAUCAGGCUUAGUUUAUGUCUUACUGCGUAAGUUGAAUUGACUUUAAAAUUUGAUUUUACAUUAGAUUUGAAAAUAUGGAUACUGUGUUUUAAAAAUUUCGAGGCAUAUAUGUCCCUGAAACUUCAUAUUCUCCGGAACAGGUAUCAUUUCACUUAGAAUUUAACUUAAUUAAACUCCUUUUGUUGCGAUGGAAUGAUAUACCAUUUAUCAUUUAGAAUUAUCCGACUGUGAAACCUGUGAGGUAAUAGGCCUUAGGACGUGCUAAUAAACAUAAAUUCUACUAAAUUGUACUCUCGAAAUUCAGAUUUGGUUUAAAAUUUUAUUCAUAUCCACUCAUUUUUCAUCAUUGUAAUAAUCUGGGUCAUGGAAAUUAGCCAAUUUGGGCUUUUUAUUGUUUGUAGGAUUUAAAAAAAUAAUGUUUUAUAAAGAGGUGUUCAGACUAUUUUAAGACACGGCGCAGCUUUUUGUUACACAGUUAGCUCUACAUUUUCGUGUUAAAUUGUGUCUGAUGAAACAGGUUGAAGAAGUCCGUCCGUCGUCCACAUUUUCUAAAGAACAGCCCCUUCUAAACACCAAAGUCAGUUUCAACAAAACUUUACAGGACUGUUUCUAGUAUAUUCAUUGUUUGGAUUCCUUCAAAUCUAGAUUAUCCAUACAUAAUUUUGUUUGCCUGGUCUCCCGGAAAUAAAAUGUUUUAAAUUCAACUGUACCGAUUUAAACAUAAUUUCACUCAGUUCUCCUUUGGAAAUCCUCUAUCAAAUUCCUUCAAUGUUCAUUUGUUUUUUUUUUACAUGGCUAUAAGGAAUAUUUUGAAUAUAUUCUUAUCUGAAAUUGCUAGCUUAUUAUGAGCUCAUCUGAGCACGAGGUGCUCAAGGGUAGGCUAUAGAGGUUAGUUAUUGUCCAUCGCCCGCCGUCCAUCGUUCGUCACCAUUUUCCUUUAAACAACAUCUUCUCCUAAACCACCAGGCCAAUUUUGAUGAAACUUCACAGGAAUGUUCCUUGGAUAGUCUUCUUUAAAACAUUUUCAAAGAAUUGAAUUCCGUACAGAACUCUAGUUGCCAUGGAAACCGAAAGGAUUUUUAAAAAUCUUCAAAACCAUAGGGCCUAGAUUGUUCAAACUAUAUUACUAUGAUAAAAUAUGGACUCGCCCUGGUGGUCACAUGGUUUAUAUAGACUUUUAUAUAGAAAAACUUUGAAAACCAUCUUGAUAUUUGUUAUGUAGCAUUGUAUUGUAGUCCUUUACCACGAUGUUUUAAAUUAUCUCCCUGGUGUUAAAAAAAUGGACUCACCCUGGGGGAAAAAGGUUUAAAUAGACUUUGCCCUGAUUAUGUAGUGGAAACCUUAAACAAUUUUACAUUUGACAUUGUCAAAUCACAUGAUUCCUUUUGUUUUACCCCACCCACCCCGACGGGGGAAAAAGGAAUACAUACACAUUACCUACUUGUGUUUAUUUAGAAGAAACUUCUAAGUGUUCAAACAAACAAUUAAACUCAUGUGAGCAAUAAAGGGCCAUCAUGGCCCACUUGUUAAAUAAUGUCACUGACAUAUCCCUUGGAUAACCUCCUACCGAUUUCCUUCACGACAUGUUGCCUUGUUACCGUAACGGCUAUAUGAAAAACUUUGAAAAAUCUUCGUCUUUGAAACCACAGGCAAACAAAUGUUUCUUUGAUAACUUUCUACCCAUUUUAUUCAGAUUAUAUUGUUACUUAAAUUAACAUGGCCGCCAGGGAACAGGGCAUGUUUCCCUUGUAUGGCUAUAUCUAAGAUCUUUCAUAAAAUGCUGGCUAGAUUUUAAAAUUAUUUCACAACAAAUGAUCCGUGGGUGACCCUCUAAAUUCCUCCAAUUGCUGUGUUAAAAAUAUUGU